AAUGAUUAUAUUACUUGUAAUUUAGAUUGAACUUUUAUUAGCAGUCAGUACUUCCAGAAUCCGAUCUUAAGAAUCACAAACUUUAUAGGCAAUAUUUCCAGAUACAUCUUUUAAAGUGAUACAUAAUAAAUAAAAUAUUUUCACAUUAAAGUAAUAUAUGGUUAAAAUGUUAAGCAUCUCCUAAGCAUAUGAUGUAGAAUUAAUUGAUGAAAAUGGAAAAAUUACAGAGACUCCUUAUAUAUCCUUAGAUAAUCUUGAUCUAGAUCAUUUUUAAGUGGAAAAUGGUAUAGAUUAUUACAUAUAAUUUAAAGAAUGUGUCGGUUUUCCAAGACACCCAUAAUUGACAGAAUUGAUGGAUUAUCGUAUAUGGAAUUAAAGCGAUGAUACAUAUUAUUCAGAUAUAAUUACAACAACAGAUUAUAUGAAUUUGUACGUCGUAACUUAGGAUUUGAUGCUUAUUCAAUUCAAACUGAAUACAAGAUUUUGGGUUGUUUCUUAAUAAAGAAAUUAAAUAGAUUUAAAAAGAUAUUUAGAUGUUAAAAAUGAGAAAAUAAGAACGAAUGCUUUGUUUAGUUGUCCGAAAGUUUGAAUAAUUAUUAAUAUUAGGGUUAUUUAAAUUGUCUGGUUAUAUCUGAAUAUGGAGGAAUUUGGAUUCCUAAAUUUAUAGAUUUUGAUGAUCCAAAUACAGAGAUUAUACCACAAUUAGAUAAGAAUAUUAUUAAAAGGACAGAAAUAAAAAAGAUUUCUACAUUUGAAAAUAUUAUGGCAAUUGCAGUUGGUGAAGAUGGUAUUGAUAUUUACUAAUUUGACGAUAAGAUUAGGAGUAUUUUUAAUAAGAUAAUUCAAUAUCUUUAUACAAUAAGUAAUUCAUAAAUGGAAAUUCCACAAAACUCAUAAAUAUAUAUUAUUGGAGUCAAAAUCUAAGACAAUUUAUUAUAUGCAUUAGAUGAAGAUUAAGGUGUGUUUAUUUUUGAUAAAAGGAAUACUUCAAGUUAUAAUUUGAUAAUGAAAAUACCUAUUCCUAGAACAAUUGCUUUUGACUUUUAUGGAAAUACUUUAAUGGUAGUUGCAGAAACUGUUAAUCAUAUUUAAUAUAUUUUGGAGAUAUUCUUGGAUAUCGCUGCUAAAACUUAUUAUGUUAAUAGAGUUUAUGUUGAUGAUUUCACUUUUGUAGAUAUAUAAAUGACAAAUGAAUUUGCCAUCUUUAUAGCUGAAGAUACACAUAUGAUUAUUAAACAUUCUAUAUUUAAUGGUUUUGUUAAGAAUAACAAAGAACUUGUAAGAACUUUCUUUGAAGAUUAAUUGAUUAGAUUAUAACAUUUCACUUAAGUAAUAGAAUAAUCAUAAAGAUACUCUGAAACCAAUUAUUAUGUUGGAUUAUCAAGGAAAUCACUUCAUGCAUGGAAAUUCAGAAAUUAUAACUCCUUUAUAAGUUGUAAUUUUGAUUCAAGAGUUGAAAAAAAAUAUACUAUUAAAUUGAAUGCAUCUGCUUGCUAUUAAAAUUAAUAAACAUCUUCUUAUAUUUAAUGUUAAAUGAUCUAAAAAUUAAAUGUUGAAUCAGAUGGUACUCUAUUAGAAUCAGAUAGUCUUGUUGUUGUUAUUACUGUUUCUAGUAUUAUCUCAGUAUUUUAUUCAUCUAUUAAAGGCUAUUGUUCUUAUUUUUAUUGUCUGGAUAUGCACUAAAUGGAGAAAAUUUGUUCAAUCAAUUAAAUAAAAAGCAGAAAAUUUAAAAAGCAUGAAAACCUAUGGUAAGAUUUAAGAAUAAGAAUCAAAUGCAUGAUAAAUUU